CAAGAUCACGCAGCAGCAACCUACAGCUCUAUAGCAAAGCAGAGGAUCUAGGAAGCACAGGCAGGAUCAAGAUCAACUGCUAAAGUCUUAUCAAGAGCCUCCCCAGCGUCGACCAUCCGGCGAGAAUGGUUGCGUCAAAAUCGGGCGAGCUGAGGGCGCUGUUCGCGUCACUGGACCAGGAUGCGGACGGCAGGAUCUCGGCGGCAGAGCUGCGGGGGUGCAUGCGGGCCACGCUGGGCGAGGACGUGCCGGCGGAGGAGGCCGAGGCGCUGGUGGCGUCGGCGGACGCGGACGGUGACGGGCUGCUGUGCGAGGCCGAGUUCCUCGAGCUGGCGCAGCAGGCGUCCUGGGCGGGCGUGGAGGAGGGGGACGACGAGCUGAGGACCCGGGCGCUGAGGGAGGCGUUCGGGAUGUACGAGAUGGAGGGGCAGGGAUGCAUCACGCCGACCAGCCUGGGCCGGAUGCUUGGCAGGCUUGGCGCCGAGCGGGGCGCCGGCGAGUGCCGCGCCAUGAUCUGCCGGUUCGACCUUGACGGCGACGGCGUGCUCAGCUUCGACGAGUUCAAGAUCAUGAUGAGCUAGCGACCUCGCGCCUGGACCCAAGCAUAUGCUCCUAGUUUCGUCUUGCAUAUAGCUCCUGCACUCGUUGGUUCGUUCGUUCGUUCAUUCGUUCAUUCAUUAGAUUAUUAUUUGGUACUAGUACAAUGUUGUAAUGGUGAUGCACAGACAGUAACUGAUCUAUGUGAAUACCUUUGGUCUGGA